AUGGCUGUCCGCGCACAAUUCGAGAAUUCGAACGAAGUUGGUGUCUUCUCAACACUCACAAACGCAUAUGCGAUUGUCGCAGUCGGAGCUUCAGAGAACUUCUACAGUGUCUUCGAAGCCGAGCUCCAAGACGUCAUCCCCAUCUGCCACGCCACAAUCGCCGGAACGCGCAUAGUCGGGCGCCUCACUGCAGGCAACAAGAAAGGCCUCCUCGUGCCCACCACCACAACCGACCAAGAACUGCAACACCUGCGAAACUCGAUACCAGACAGCGUCAAGAUCCAGAGGAUAGAAGAGCGGUUAUCCGCGCUCGGCAACGUAAUAUGUUGCAACGACCAUGUCGCCCUUGUACAUCCGGAUAUCGAGCGCGAGACGGAGGAGAUAAUAGCAGAUGCGCUGGGCGUCGAGGUGUUCAGGCAGACGAUUGCGGACAAUGUGCUCACGGGUAGCUAUAUGGCGCUGAGCAAUCAGGGCGGCAUUGUGCAUCCCAAGACGAGCAUUCAGGACCAGGACGAGCUGUCGAGUUUGCUGCAGGUGCCGCUGGUAGCGGGUAGCGUGAACCGUGGAAGCGCAGUUGUGGGUGCUGGUAUGGUCGUCAACGACUGGAUGGCUGUCACUGGUCUCGACACAACUGCAACCGAACUCUCGGUCGUGGAGUCUGUCUUCAGGCUCGGCGAGGGCAACGGACCCAGCAACAUCAACACCACGCACAAGGACGCCAUGGUUGAGUCUUUCUACUAGACCAUCUUGGUUGGCGUGGAGAUGCGCAAUCUUGCAUUUACGGCUUCAACUGGAUUGGCAACUGAAGUGGAAUAAGAUGAAGAAGGUGUGUCGAGAGAGGCCACGACGGCACAGUAUGGCAUUAAAAAGCAUGAUACUACGGCGCCAGGGACUAUUGUUUCCUCACAUGAGGAACUGAAUGAUACCAUGAUUUUCG